GGCAGGGGCUACUCUCUCUCCCCCAUAGAGCGCAGCAUGAGCGCUCCGCGGCAAAAGGAUGUGUGAGCAGGCAGCGCGUUACUGUAGGGACGGUGUCCACAAACUGCUUAACAAAGAACAACCCAAACUUCGUGCUCAGGAAAGCCGCGACCAGCCUAAACCCGUAGCCGGUCAGGACAGCGAGUCCGCAACGGCAGCGCAGACCGGAAACAGCGGCGCUCAGCCCGGUGGAAUCGACGGGCUCGUCCGCUGGAUAGUCACCAAAAUGAGCGACAACAAGAACGCCCCCACCCGGGAGUACGCCGCCAGUAAGGAAGAGGUGGCCGUAGCCCAGGAGCAGUUCUUCGCCCCAGAGCCGCGGAGAGGCAUUUCGGUGAUUUUAGAUAUAUUCAGAAGAGCUGACAAAGAUGAUGACGGGAAGCUGUCUCUGGAUGAGUUCCAGGCCUUUUUCUCUGACGGCACGUUGAACGAGGAGGAGCUGGAGAAACUGUUUCACACCAUCGACUCGGACAACACCAGUAAUGUUGACACCAAGGAACUCUGUGACUAUUUUGCCAAGCACAUGGGAGAAUAUGAAGGGGUCCUGGCCUCACUGGAAACGCUCAACCUUUCCAUCCUUAAAGCUAUGGACUUCACCAAGAAGGUUUAUGAAAAAGGGACCAACGUGGAGCAGUUUGUGACUCGCUUCCUGCUUAAGGAAUCGGCCAAUCAGAUCCAGUCUCUCCUUAGCUCCGUGGAGAGUGCUGUGGACGCUAUUGAUGAACAGCACAGCCAAUCAGGUCAUUUACCUGCCAAGGUGAGCCCGCGGGUGCCAGAGAAGCGCUAUGACAACGCCGUCCCAGACUACCCUCCCAACAAUAGAGUGAGCGCUAAGGAGCCCGUCAGGACCAUCAACACUGCAUCAGGAGCAGUCGAGGUGAGGAAAGAAGGUCUCGAGGCUCAAAUUAACCGUCUGUCCGAGCUCAUUGGACGACUGGAAAACAAGACCGUCUGGUUCGAUCUACACCAGAGGCUAACAGACACAGAUGCCACGGCCAGCGCAUCCUUGCUGCUGAUUCGCCAGGAGAUGGUGGUCCACCAGAAGAAACUGGGCGACUUCUGUGAGGCCCUGAAGCAGUACCUGAAGAACGUGUCUGCUCAGAGAGACUGUUUCCAUGUGACUGCGGUGCGCCUGCCCGACGGUUUAUCAUUCGUCGUCUACGAGUUCUGGGAUGGAGAGGACGAGUGGAAGAGGCACCUCCAGUCUCCUCCCAACAAAGCCUUUCAGCAUGUGAAGGUGGAUACACUGUGCCAGCCGGAGGCUGUGUCCUCUGUCGCCGUGCCAGCCGCCUGGUGCAGCGUGAACAGGGACUAAAAGCAUGAAGAAGUGAAAACCACGCCAAGACUAUGACCGUCCGAAACCCCACAAACCUCAUGUAUCACCCCUCACCCCCUCCCUCCUCUUUUACCUUAAGUCUUUUUGUAAGUACAUGUUUACACAGUGCAAACGAAUGGUGUCAAACGCAGUCAAAAAACGACUAAAAGUACUUUCACAGUGUGCGCGUAGUUUGCCGGCUCAAGAUUUUUGAAAUAUCUUCUGUAAAUGUCACUAUCUACAGCUUCGAGCCACAGGUAGUGUCAUGUAGCAAGGUCCCCCAGCGUAGUUGUUAUGUAGCAGUUUUGGUCAUUUUUUGUGAUAAAUACAAGAGUUUACAGGCAUAGAACGCAUGCUCUCAAGUUUAUUGGACUUAAUGUAGCUCUUUUUGGUUUGGCAUUAUUUUCACAUCAGCUAUUUUGAAAUGAUCCCGGCCCAUCGCAAAAGGAAUAGCUGCCAUAUUAGCUUGCAAUCUCAGGAAGAAAUGUUGACAGUUGCUAAGUUAGCUUCACUAGCUACACACAUGCUAUAUGACAAUUCGAAAUAAUAGAGACUUAAUUUUCUAUACCCAUCUGAGUUGAAAGGGUUUUUCAGUUAUGACAUAAUAUUGAUUGAAAAACUUUUUGGCCAUAUUUUAUUGUAGCAAAUGAAUAAAACGAGCACAGCUGUGUCAUAAAUACAGAUAAACAUUAAUCUGCAACAUGUCAAUUGUGUCUAUCCCUCAAAAUACUAGAUUUGCUCUGCAGUUGGACAUCAAAAAAACGCAAAGACAGUGAGUGUAUUUUGGUACAAAUGGUACAAAUAAUUACUAAUCAGAAGUUGUCAGUUUAAAGUUCACAAAUGUUUGUUUUCAUUUUGAACUAAUAUCAAUGAUUAUAAAUGAGUGACUAGAUGCUUUAUGUAGCUCUAUAUUUUAUGUCUGAAUACGAGGCUUUCUGUUGACAGUGUGAGCCAUGUUGUAAGAUUUAGAUAAAUACACUUUGUGCUGCUAAGUCGAGGUCAGCAGUUCAUCACACAUGCAGCUAAAAAUGAUGUUGAGUUUGUAUUUUCCUUGUCUUGAUUGGCGAUGAUAAUUAGCUGUGAGAGUCUAGUAGAGAGUGUACAUAGAAAAUGUUGUUCUAUGAUUAUUAUAUUUGUAUUCUUGAUAUAUUUUAGUGCUAUGGUGCAGUUUUCUUUAGCAGUAGCGUAAUGCACUGCAGUUUCUUGAGAAGAUCAUCAAAACUGAAUGACAUAAAUAUAAAGCCUUAAACAUGAACAUACAUAGAGAUGGUGUUAAAUGGAUUUCAGUCAACUUUUAUAGGUAAGGCUGACUCCAGCGAGCUGCUAAUAGGCUGUUGGGAUCAGAGUACAUAAGCCUUGUGUUGCAUGGACAAAGUAUACAAAAUCAGCUAGGACUUCUAUAAUCACCAAGACAUUAUUUCACUAAUUAUAUAGAAAACGUAUGUACACAAUGGGAUUUGAUCCAUCCUGAAUAUGUUUACAAGAUUCAACUUGAAAAGAGUGAUGUGACUGAGAGACACCAGAACAGAGGCUGGUAGAGAUGACCUAGUUUGCCAUCCUGGAUAUGGUGUAACCCUGGACCAAUAAAAUGUAAUGAAGCCUGGUAUUCACUAGAAUUUUAAUUGAUAUGAUUACCCUAAAAUGUUACGUUAAAAUGUCAUAACGGUUUGCUUUGAGAUUCAUUGGGCAUGGUUUUCAAAUAUAAAUUUAAGCUAACGUACUUGAAAAUGUGACAGUUAAGGGAAGGUUAGGUUUGAAUGAUACAAUAAUUAUAGAUAUAAAAUAUCUUUUGAGCUUUAAAAUCAACCAGAACUAACAGAAGAAUACAUCCCAGCCGUUUCCUUCACCUCUACAAACACUCAUACACAAACCUCAUGCUGAGAUCCACUUGAAGAAGCCGUCGAGGUUGUUGUAAACAUAUUAAAGGUUAUGAAGGUCAAUAGUGGUGAAUGGGCUCGGUGUUCUGAUGCCCUUUGUCACUGCUGCUUAAGUCUGACAUGUUCUCUUUGGUGUAAAGGGGUGUCAAAUUCAGGUCAAGAACCUCAUAAUUCACAAUGUAAAUCCCCAGACCCUCAGCACAGCACCACUGUAUAUGCCCCCCGUAUAAAACAAUCACUCACAAAGCACAAUGUACAAAAGAUGGACUAAAGAUACAAUAUGAUAUAGAUUAGAUUGCUGAGUAUAGGGAGUGUUCAGGACAAAGUCAUUGAAAUCUAGUUACAUUAGUACUGUUAAUGAAAAUGAGCCACAUAUAUACUGUAUACUUAUGUCAAUCAAUAGACCAUCUGUCAGUAGUGUUUGCAACCAAUGGGGAUCCAGCUUCACUGAUGCAAGAAUUUGAACUGUUGUGUAAAUGAACAUGGGCUGCACUCAAAGGCUACAAAAAUGUUAUUUAGGAUUAGUAUAAAAAAAAUAAUUGGGACUAUGUUCAGAGAUAAAAAUGUUUUGGCGGUUUCGUCUAUAGUUGGAACAGAAAAAUAAAGAGUCUUGGCAAAAGUUGGGAUUAUGCAUAAUUUAUGAAAUGAAUACAUAAUCCAUCAGUGUGUGUAGCUAUUUAUGAAGUAAUUUAUUUGAAAACAUGGAGUUUCUAUUUAGCCAUGUUGUAAAGCUGUUAAUCCAUGAGAAGGUGGUCCACCUGAGUGCAGCCUACAGUCUCCUCUGUACAUUGUUCUCACCCAGUCUGGUUCUGUACAAUCAUAAGGUGAACUGUUAGAAAUGCCAAUACUGUUAAAACAUUCCUGACUCUGCUUUUCCUCUUAUCCCUCACUAUAAAGUGCAACCUGUGCUUUGUCAUACAAUGAAAGAGUUCUGCCGUCCAAAUGUGGUGACUGAAAAAUCCUGACUGAAUGCUCUUGCCAUAGAAAAAGAUGGAGUUCUGUGCGCAGACACCAGGGCCACCUUAGGCAGCAUGCUACUGGUGUCCUUUAUAGGUUUACCUCAAGGUGAAUUGUCACUUAAGCCAAUCAGGAACUAGCCACUUCAUCAACAUCAUGGCGGUAACUCUUCCUUUCUAUGGCUGUUUUUUUAAUCCUCCGCGAGUGCAUGUCAAACUGAAUGUCCAGUAACUUCUUUGCUGUAGUGUUAGGCAAUGCUACUCUUCUAUGGGUUUUGUGCAUUUCUUACCUAUUCUUCUUUCUUUUCUAGUAUUCCUAUGAAGACAGAGAGAAAAAUCUAUUAUAUAAAAUAUGUAUAACUAGAACAAUGACAAACAAGAAUGAACUUUCACUUUUAUGGCAAUGUUUAAUGAAAUCAUUAUUCUUAAUGUAUGUUUCAGUAAAACAGCUUUCUCUUAAGUGUAGAGACUUAUUGCAGGGAUGCAAGUAUUAUAUUUGGUCUUAAAAAAUAUAUUGUUAAAAUUAUAGAUGAUGUAGAGUGAUGCAAGUCAAUAAAAUGACAAAAA